CGAUUUUGAGGCUGCUUCUAAAUUAAGAGCAAGGGGCGGCCCCAAUCCAGUGGCACAUCCUUGGAUACCCGUUGUGGCUUACUUGGAAACUCUGCCAAGACCAACAAAAACGCCAAAAUGUGACCAGACAUUCGUUUCACGCAUUGGUGGCCCACAAAAUGGCACAUUCUCCGCUCCGCUGCUGCACAAUCACAAAAAUCAUUCGCGUCAAUGCUUGUACACCUUCCUAGCAGGACCCGGACAACGUGUCGAAGUACUAUUUACAUCAUUUAAUUUAAGAGGAAGUCCACCAGACGGCUCCGCCGUCGGUGAAUUGCCAGCUUGUGUUCACGAGUACAUGGAUAUAUAUUCCGAAGUGCAAUCAUCAGAUCCAGCUGAACUAAUAAAUUCACCGUUUGGUGGACGCUAUUGCGGUACAAUACCGCCACGACGACGUAUUUCCAUGUACCGAGCUAUAGCCAUCUCAUUUUUUACCAAUAAAAAUGUAUCGACACCCGAUUUAUUCGAGGGAACUUAUAGAUUUAUAAAUGCAUCUGAAUAUGAAAUUGGUAUACCAAUAGCGGGUUCACCAUGUUCCUAUACCAUCACGCCUAGCAUGAGUAUCAAUAAAACUGGGGCACUGAUAUCGCCAACCUAUCCGGGUGCCUAUCCAAAAGAUAUGUCUUGCACAUAUCAAUUCCUCGGCGAGUCGAAUCAAAGAGUUAGAUUAGAAUUUCGUGAUUUUGAUCUAUUUUUUGGUGGACCACACUGCCCAUUUGACUAUGUCAAAGUGUAUGAUGGUCCUGACAAUUCGUCAGCAUUGAUUGGUACCUAUUGCGGACAACAAAGGAAUUUAGUUUUAUACUCAAGCGAAUCAAGCCUUUUUGUUCAUUUUUAUACAUUGCCGAGAACAGCAAAUACGCAAAAUCGUGGCUUUAAAGGAAUUUAUGAAUUUAGCGAAAGUUUUGUUAAAUUAGAUUUUAUACGUGAAAAUGAUGGCAUUCACAUACGUGGCUCGGAAUGUGAUCAAAAGAUAUUAUCGAGAAAGGAGUCAACGGGUUAUGUGCUCUCACCUAAUUAUCCCUAUCCAUAUAUACCGAAAACUGUUUGUAGGUACUUCAUUUAUGGUAUGCAAGAUGCUCAGCAUCUGGAACGUGUACGUCUAGAAUUCUCAGCUUUCAAUAUACCCAAGGUAGAGCAUAAGGAUAGAAGCGAAUCCAAUUGCACAGAUGGUUAUCUUAAGAUAUACUUGAAAGGACAAGAAACUGCCGAUGCCUAUGACAAAUUCGAUUACGAAUUAUGUGGCAAUGAAACACAACGAGUUCUCAGUGAUGGGCCCCGUUUGGCAAUGGUUUUCAGCUCGGGUGAACUGCAGGGUCGUGGUUUCAAGGGUAAAUAUAUAUUUGAAACCGAAUACAAAAUACCUGGGACAGCAGCACCCGAUGGCACAUGUAGCUUCACAUAUGUGAGCAGUUCAAAGAAACGUGGCGAAUUGAACAGUCCUCGCUAUCCAUCCAACUAUCCAUCGGACACGAAUUGUUCGUAUCUGUUUCUAGGCGAACCCAAUGAGCAAGUCACGAUUGUCUUCGAUCAUUUUAAAGUUAAAGCGGAUGGUAACUCAAAUGCAACGGCCGGAGCUUAUGGUUCUAGCGCAUGCUUUGAAGACUGGCUGGAAAUGUAUGUUGUUUAUCGUGAUAACAACGAUCGUUUUCUUGGUCGCUACUGUGGUCUGACAGCUCCCGGCCCCGUUGAGAGCCCAAGGGGUGCAGUGGGACUGCGCAUCACAUUGCAUACGGAUCAAGAGAAUGUGGCUAGCGGUUUCAAAGCACGCUACUUCUUCGAAACACCUCGUUCCGAUGUGGCCGAGUGUGGUGGUAAUUUUUCCAAUCAAGAUUCAGGUAUUAUCACCUCACCUAAUUACCCAGCCGGUUAUAAGGCACCCAGUCGUGGUAUGGCAUCGAUGGCAUGCAAUUGGAUAAUGACAGCGCGUCCGGGUUAUAAGCUAUCAAUAAACUUUGAGCAAUUCUCAAUCGAAGGCGAUCCAGCAAAUCGUGGCUGUCCUGCUGCUGUUUUGCGUCUUUGGGUAAACGUCGAUUCGGAUCAACCGCCAUUGGAAUUGUGUGGUGAAAAACCACUAAUCGAACAGUGGUAUUACAUUUCCACUGGACAAACUGUUCGUAUCAGUUUCACAACCAGCGACAAAACCGUUGGUGCACCGGGCUUCCGCAUUGUAUGGACUGAAAUACAAGACUCAGGUCCUGGACCGCCGUCCAUUGGACUACUCUGCGAAUCAACAUACCACUUUCAGUGCGAGGUGGGCUACUGCAUUUCCGAUAAACUACGCUGCGAUGGUGUCAAAAACUGUGGUCCCGGAGAUGAUAGUGACGAAUUGCACUGUACCACACAAGCGCCCGAGGAGGAUCACGGCGUUCUAAUUAUAAUAACACUAAUCGUCGUCUCGUUCCUAAUCUGUCUCCUAUGCACACUCUGUCACUCCAGAAGAAAACGUAGAGCAAAUGUGCGCCAACUAGGUUUGCACCGCAAUGCCCACUACGAUUCCCAAACCAGCGCAACUGGCUUAAGUUCAAGUCGUCGACAUUUACAAGGUGGCGCCAGCAUAUCAGGCAGCCUGCAUGGCAUCAAUAGCGGUUCCUUGAUGAUACCACCAGCGCCGUUGCCACCCACCAGUGUACCACCACCGCCACAUAUCUGCAUCGCAGGCGUCGACGGCAUCAGUUCAGGUAUACUAAUAAACGAUGAUGACGGCCUGGACGAUGAGGAUGAACUCGAUCUCGACAAUGUUCAACACGAGAUAUUUAUCAACGACGUACGAUUCGACGAUGAUGAGAAUCAUCUAGAACAAAUGCAUCAUUUAGAAACUGUUUAACAAUUGGUGAAAGGAAUAAGGGGUACGAAAUACGUUAUCCAAUUGUUAAAACAAUAUGCGGCAUUUUAUAAAAAUUUACAAACAUAGGAACAGAUUUAAAAAAAUAAAUAAAAUAUUAAUUAAUAAAAAUAAAAAUAGCGAAAAUAUGUAAUAGUAAUAAAGCUGUACGAGUAGUUAAGUCAGGUUUUUAAAAGCAAAACAAAACAGGAUAAAAGAGAAUUAACAAAACAAAUUAAAGCGAAAUUCCUAAAGUAAAAUAUGCGAUGUUGCGAUAAACAAAACAAUUGACUAAAGAAAAGGAAAGUUUCGACAGACGCAAAUGAAUUCAAAAAUCGCAAACGAUUUAAGUGAGGAACUGAAGCAAUUUUUAAGGAGACAGAAAAACGAAAUGAAUACAAGCAUAUAUUUACAUAUGUGUUAUUCACAUAAAAUAAUUUGUUUGCUCUUUUUCUUUUCUACAAUGAAAUGUGCUUGAGUGUGCGCAGACAGACCACUUGAGCAGGAGUACCAUUGAUUUAUGUAUUUGUUUACCCUUAUAAUGCAAGAAUACUAAUACGCGCUAUUUGGAAGAUCAUUUUGAACACUUUAUUGUAAGAUAAUUUCCAUAUAUUUCCCAUUUAAAAGUUAACAGUGUCGAGAAUGAUAAGAAACGAGUAAAUAUCUCGAAAAGGCUAAUUUUUGUAAAGCAGCGCAAAAGUAGCAAAUUAUAAGCGAAAGAAAAAAGAAAAUAAACUGCAGGCGAGAAAAUGAAAGGGAAUGGAAAGGAUUAAAUGUAUGUAAUUUGCAAAAUAAUAAAACCAACAGCUCAUUAUGAGUAGCAAAAAAUGUAUACAAUAUAAUAAAAUGUAUAAAAUUAAAAAAACCAAAAACGAUAAGACCUUUCAAAAUAAACCCGAGACAAAAACCAAAGUGUUGUUGAUUUUUAUAUUUGAUACGAUUGAAAAGUAUUAUACGUUUAAUAUUCUUAAGGUCACACACACACACGCACACACACCUGAACAGCAUAACGCAUAUGAAUAUUUUCGCAGCAUCACGCACAUCUUUACAUGACCGCCAAACCGUCGGGAAACGAAUACAGUACAUAUGUACAUACGCAUUGCAUACAAGUGGAUCAAAAAAAAUUGCAGCAGCGCAUUUGGCCACAAAAAUACUGCGCAGAAAGACCAUAUGACAAUUGCCCAUUCAAUAAUUGGUUAAUGCAACAAAUUUACUACAUCUCUUUAGUCCCAUCACAUCCAUAAUUCAUCCACUCAAAAAACAAAAAGAAAAAACAACAGCCAUAGAACAACCACAGAAUGUCACAUCUGCAAAAAAUUAUUCUAAAAUGUGCUCAAUACGUUAGCAAAUAUACAUACAUACAAUAAAAAACAAUACGUACGAGUCUUAUUGCGAAUAAAUAAAUAAAUGACUAGCAUACAUACAUACAUAUUUUAGUGCAUGCAUAUUACAUAUACAUACAUAUAUGAUAGUGCUAUGCCUGAAGAACAUGACAUUUUUUUUAUGGCAAUAUUACGUAUUUACUACAAAUGCAAUGGCAAUUGUUAGCCAAGUAAUUGGCAGCUAUUGUUCGUCAUUUGAGCUAAAAUACUGAAUAAUAAUAAUAAUAAUCAAUUAGUGACUAUCAAAACUGCAUCUUCCAGAAAAAUGAACAAAAUAAUAAGCACGUAAAAAUUGGUGAGAGCAUUACGUUGACUCAAGUAUUCAAAUAGCGUAGGAGAAUAAAAUUUAUAAACGAAAGCAAACAUUAAAUAAAAUAAAUUGAAAAAGCAAAACACUAAAAUAGUAGUAAAUUUGAUAUUAAGAUUAUAAAUCGAAACAAAUGUCAUAGUCAUAACGGGAAUGAAUUUAAGAAGUGCUUCUUUUUAUUUAAUUUCUUUGCAAAUGCUGGAGUUGCCUUUGUUAUAUUUUUCGUUAAAUUGAAAGUAAUUAUUACUCCUAUCGACUGACAUUUAUGUAAUCAAAAUCAGUUAAACGUGGCUUAAGAUAUAGAUGUUUGCUAAAAAAAUCAAAAACAAAUUUUAAAUUUUUGUUUAAAUAGUGGCAUUACGGAAUGGAAACUGUUUUUUUGGUUUUGUUGUCUAGUGUAAUUUUAUGUUAAAAAUUUGUUCGGUGCAAAAUAUUGAUUAUUCUCCGAUUUUUACUAAGAAUCAAGUGAUAUUCGUCAUUUUUAAGCAAAAAUUGUUUCAAUAAAAAGUUUUAAUACACAGUGGCACAGUUCUGAGGCUGUUGUUUAGGGCCCAAACUAAACUAAUUGGAAUAAUAUAGCAGUAUCCAUGCAUAGUAGUCAAACCUAAUCAUAUUUUUUUUUGACCUUGAGCCUUAGGCUUAAAUUUUUUGUGUCGGGGAUUUACCUUCAAGUGACGUCCCGUGAAAUAUUCGCAGUGUCAGCUCCCUCGAGAGAGGUGCUGCUUGCAUAAGUUGUGAAUAGGUGUUGAUCUUAAAAGUUAUUGUAGGUGAACAAGUUCGCAUCGGUCUUGUAACUGCAGGACAAGCUAACAUCUGCAGUUUAUUCACCCGAAGUUUGGGAGUAUUUUAUAGCGUUUUCAGCAACCGAGAUAAGAUCGUAUAACUUACAAUCAGACGAACACUCUUUCUGUAAAGCCACCAAUGCAAUUCAAAAGUCAUAUCAAAGAGUUUCAGGUGGUUCUGCACUGCUUAUAUAGCUUUGCCAGUAUUGUUAUCAAGCAUUAAUAUUUAUGAACUUUAGUUUUAUAAAUUCAAUGCCAAUAUUAUGCAAUGAAACUUUUACGUCUUUUGGAAGUUUAACGCUUUUUUAAUUUAAACAAUGUCAGCUGACAGCGGAAGAAGGCAAGAAUUUACUAAGUUCAAUAGAGAAAAAUGUUAUUAUGCAAAGAAGGAACCGUUUUAGGCGACUUAGAUAAAAAUACAACUAAAGUUAAACACUAAAUUAAAUGUUGGUAGCAAAAUUUAAAUUAAAAUCCUUAACAUAAAUAAUUAAAUAAAAAAAAAAUAAAUGUUCAAAUUAAAUUAAAAAUAAUUAAAAGGAGUUGCAAUUUAAAUUAAGAAUAUGCACGCAGGCAUCGUUAAAACAAAGCAUAAUUAAAAAGAAACCUAAAUAUUAAACUAAAAUUAUAAACAAAAAAUGUUGAAAUGAAUUUAUUUUAAUUGUGGUAAAAAUAAAUAUAAACGAGCACACCUCACACAUGCAUACAUACACACUCAAGUAAAAAUAAAGGAACACCAAAUAUUCCAACAACAAAAGAUAGUUCCAGAAAUGUUUUUUUUUCUUUGGCAGUAGGUACCGGUAUUGAAUUGUUAUUUAUUUAGCAUAUACAUUACAAAUUAAUGAUGGGGUCAACGGAACAACUUUUCAUGUAUUCUCAAAGCCGAUGCCUUUACAAUGGUUUUCUCAUUUGACACUCUCACUUAAAUUAACGACAUUAUUAUCUUUAGUUGCAUUGUUUCGCUCUAUCAUUUCUCCUCUAAUGCUAACUAAAACUUCUAGUAAUGAUUGAUAUAUUUUGUUUGCGGUGUACAAUACUUCAACAAUAAAAUUGUGUAGAUUUGAGUGAAACAUUUAUGCAGCCCUGCUCGGUAUUUUACUUUAAAUAGUUCUUACUAAAGAAUAGACAAUUCCAUGUACAUAAGUUAAAUCUGUUAUGGACACGUUAGUAUUGUUUAACAGCCUGCUGAUACUUGUACGGUACAUUAAUUAACAUAUAUGUAUUUGCACAAACAGUUGAAAGUCUGUUAGCUACAUAUUUUAGCCAAUAUCCCGGCGAUUAUGAAUGCUAAGAUAGUAAUAUGGAUGCAUAGUUGAGUAACGGUUACCAAGAGGUGUCAAACUAUAAUAAUGGCGGAAUUGUGACAACAGUCAACUGUAGUAAUUUUUAGUCUCUAUAGUAACUUCUGCGCAAUAAUAUGUGUGCUUACACAUCGAUAUUUAUGAAAAUAUUUUCAAAUAUUUUUUAGUUAAAGUUCAUUAAACAACAUUAAAAAUUACUGUUUGUUUAUGUAUGUAUAUUUUAAAGACCCUCGGCUUUAACUUCUUAUUAAUUAUUAUUAUAUUAUUAUAAUUUUUUUUUUUGUCUGAAACUGACACUUUCUAGUGAUUGUUGUUAGAAGUUCCACACAAAUUAUUUUGUUAUUGUUAAUGGUCAAAACCAAAUGAGAAAUGGUUGCUUUGAGAGGUCGAAAAUUGUUAAAAGUAUAAAAUAUCAGUUUUGUCGUGUUAUGUGUAGGCGGGAACGAAUCGAAUGCGAAUAAUAAUGCAAAUCUUUUUGGUGAGAAACAAAACUGAGGUCACAUAAAACAUACCAAUUUCCAGGAUAUUAAUUAGUUUCCCACACAUUCUACAUGCAUUAAAUAUUCUCAUACACACACACACGCAAUGACAUAAGUGUUUAAAUAAUGAGGGUAAAAACAAAAGUUGUAGAAAUAAAUGUUUAUAAACAAAAUAGGUAAAAGUAUUGGUUUCAUAGCGCACGUACGUUUUACAACAACAAUCAAUAAAAAAUAAACAAAAAUCAAAUUUGCGAAAAUAACAAACAAAUUAAUGAAAAUUAGGUUAAAAAAUAACUAAAUAAAAGAGUAAAAAAAUAAAAGUAACAAGUAGCUAAGGAUGUCUUUACCUAUAGGUACAUAUAUUAUGUGACACAACAAAAGCGUUAAAUUGAGGUAUUUGAAUUUACAAAACUGGGUAAAAAUGUUUGCUUCUAGGAAAACUUUUUGUUCGUUUUACGAGUAUUUUGUUUAGAUAUCAUUAUUUCGUAGAACUGUUUUGAAAAUGUAAAAAGCAGCAUUAAAUUAGAUUUGUUGACUAAAAGUACUGCUUUCCUAAAAACUCUGGAAAAAAUGUAUGUAUAAAAUGAAAUGUUAAAAAAUGGGAGAUAAACUAAAAAAUAAUAUUAAAAAUAAAAACAAAAACUCAAUACAUAACGAAUUGUAAGGAUGUUAAAGAAAAUUCAUUAAAACUAAAAUGAAGUCUAACGGUUGAGAAUCAAAAAUAUUAAUUAAACAAACACUGUUUAAAUUUAAAUAUAAAAUGUUUUCCAAAUAACGUAGGCAUAUGUAGGUAUGUGUAUUAAAAAAAUAAAAUAAUAACAACCAUUUAAUGAGAGAGAGCAGUAAAAAUUUGGCUUUGAAAGUAUUGUAGUAAAGUGAAGUGGUAGCGGAAGGAAGCGUAGCACGCCCGCACGUAAACAAUUACAUGUUAACAUUAAAUUUAAAGACGAAUUAAAACAAGAAACGCAUAAAUGCAAAAAUAUACAUACAAAUCAAACAAAAAGAAAAUCUAAAAUUAUUGAAAAUAAAUAUGCGUUAGUAUAAAGAGCCACAAAAUAAAAAUAUUAAACCAUAUAGUAAUGAGUUAUUGAUAACAAAACCAGAAAAACAAAGAAAUAAGGAUUAAAAGUCGAACUAAAAAUAAUAUCGCAUUAUAAGAAAUAUAUGAAAACACAAGCAAAAAAUGUUUAAAAGUAUUAAAUUGAACCAAAACCACGUACACAACAAUCGAUUAGAUUGUAUAAGUGAACGCGUAAUUUUUAGUGUGUUUGACUCAAUAAAAAAAUAAAAUUAAAUAAAAGUAAAAAAAAAAAAAUAUGUAAUAAAAAACAGCAAAAGUCCCAAAUGGUAAAGUUAAAGAAACAAAAAAAAAAACAAUAAAAA